UCUUUCCCACUCUCUGGGUUCUUGGUUGUGCAAACUUCUCAACUUCUCCACUCUAACAAACUUAACAAAACCCCAGUUUUUCAAUCUCUCUCUCUCAUAUUUUUUCACUGAACAAAUUCCACUAAAUCUAAAUUAACAUGGGUAUUUCAUCAAUUUCACAUUUCCUCUCUCCAUUAAAAUACCCACCUAUUGAUUUCCUUCAAAAUCCAAUCUUUUUGAGAGAAUCCUCUGUUUUCAUACACUUAAUCCUAUUAUUUGGUCUAAUUUUUGCAUGGGUAUACAAAUUAUUCCGAAGAGUUGAGAAUGAACACUCCAAAGAUAGAAACUUUUGGUAUUAUAAACCUGCUUUCUUGCCUUCUUUAGCUCUUUCUUUAUAUAAUCUACCUUUGUUUUGCUUAAAUUGCUUCUAUUGGUAUAGAAAUGGUUGGUUAGAUGAAUACCUAGUUACCCUCUUAGAUUUAACAUUGAGGGUGUUUGUUUGGUUGUUAGUUUCUAUUUACUUGCAUACACAAUUUAUUAACCGCUCAAAUGGGGUAAACCUCCCCAUUUUAUUGAGAAUUUGGUGGGGUUUUUAUCUUGUUGUUUCUUGUUAUUGCCUUGUGGUAGACAUUGUCCAAUUUAGGGGGAAGCAAAGUUUGCCAAUUCAAGUUUUGGUGUCUGAUGUUGUGUAUGUUAUGUCAGGGAUUUUUCUUUGUUGUGUUGGGAUUUUUGGGAAGGUUACUAGUGAGGAUAGUGAUCUUCAAGAGCCCUUUUUGGAUGGUAAUGGUAAUGGCAAUGUUAAUGGUAAUGGUAGAGUAGAAUCGAGUAAGAGUGAGGGGAGUGAAACAAUUAGUCCUUAUUUGAAUGCUGGGUUGUUAAGUAACCUAACUUUCACUUGGGUAGGAUCUUUAAUCACCAAAGGGUAUAAGAAAACUUUGGACCUUGAGGAUGUUCCGUCACUUUCGGGUAAAGAUGAUGUUAGUGAAUCCCAUAUGAUUUUUAGAAAUUGUAUGGAGUCUUCUAGAAAUGGCAGUGAUAAGAAGGUGACUAGUAUGAGCCUUGUGAGGUCUUUGAUCUUAACGACAUGGGUCGAUAUUGUAUUGACGGCUUGCCUUUGCCUCAUUAAGACAUUAGCUUCUUAUGUUGGCCCCUACCUCAUUGACACCUUUGUCCAAUACCUUAAUGGGAAAAGGGAAUUCAAAAACCAGGGCUAUGUACUUGUUUCUGCAUUCUUCGUUUCAAAGCUUGUGGAAUGCCUUUCUCGGAGACAUUGGUUCUUUAGGCUUCAAGUAGUUGGUAUAAGGGCAAAAGCUGUGCUUAUAGAGAGCAUCUAUAAUAAGGCAUUGACCCUCUCUUGUCGGUCGAAGCAAGGUCAUACGAGUGGGGAGAUGAUCAAUCUCAUGUCUGUUGAUGCUGAGAGAAUUGAUGACUUUAGUUGGUAUAUGCAUGAUCCAUGGAUGGUCAUACUUAAAGUUGCAUUGGCUUUGCUUCUCUUGUAUAAAAGUCUAGGGGUUGCAGCAAUUGCUGCACUUAUUGCAACCGUGAUCAUCAUGUUGGCCAAUUUUCCUUUGUCAACUGUGCUUGAGAAGUAUCAGGAAAAGCUUAUGGAAUCGAAAGAUAAGAGGAUGAAGGCUACAUCUGAGGUAUUGAAGAACAUGAGAAUUCUGAAACUUCAAGCAUGGGAGAUGAAAUUCUUGUCUAAGAUUGUUGAACUAAGGAACGCUGAAAAUGGUUGGUUGAAGAAGUUCCUUUAUACUUCAGCAGCAACAACUUUUGUUUUCUGGGGUGCUCCAACAUUUGUGUCUGUUAUAACUUUUGGGACAUGUAUUAUCAUGGGUAUCCCUCUCGAGUCAGGGAAGAUUUUAACUGCACUUGCAACAUUUAGGAUUCUUCAGGAACCCAUUUACAAUCUACCAGACACAAUCUCUAUGAUAAUUCAGACAAAAGUUUCCCUUGAUAGAAUUGCCUCUUUUCUUUGUCUUGAUGACUUGGAACCUGAUACUAUAGAGAAAAUUCCUAGAGCUUCUUCUGAAGUAGCAGUUGAGAUAAAUGAAGGAAAUUUUGGCUGGGACCCAUCUUCCCCAAGCCCUACAUUGAAAGACAUAAAUCUUAGAGUUCAACAUGGUAUGAGGGUGGCAGUUUGCGGUACAGUUGGUUCCGGAAAGUCAAGCCUACUCUCUUGUAUUUUGGGAGAAGUACCAAAGAUCUCUGGAUCUUUACGGUUGAGUGGGUCCAAGGCUUAUGUUCCACAAUCCCCUUGGAUUCAGAGUGGCAAGAUAGUUGAUAAUAUUUUGUUUGGUCAGAAAAUGGAUCAUGAAAGAUAUGACAGGGUUUUAGAGGCAUGUUCCUUGAAAAAGGAUCUCGAAAUCUUGUCUUUUGGAGACCAGACAGUUAUUGGUGAGAGGGGUAUUAAUUUGAGUGGUGGUCAGAAGCAAAGGAUGCAAAUUGCUCGUGCUUUAUACCAAGAUGCUGACAUAUAUCUGUUUGAUGAUCCUUUUAGUGCUGUUGAUGCUCACACUGGUAGUCAUCUCUUCAAGGAAUGUCUGCUUGGAUUAUUAGAAUCCAAGACUGUGAUAUAUGUCACACACCAAGUGGAAUUCUUACCUGCUGCAGAUUUAAUCUUGGUCAUGAAAAAUGGGAGAAUAUUGCAAGCAGGAAAGUACAAUGCUAUUCUUGCUUCAGGAACAGACUUCAUGGAACUUGUAGGAGCACACGAAGAAGCCUUAUCUGCACUUGAUUCAGUUGAGCCUGGAAUGAUAAAGCCGACAUUUCAUGAGGAAUAUAGUGGUACAAAACCCUUAGAAGAGGGGAGCAAUGUUGGUGAGGAUGGAAAAGCUGAUGACACGGCAGGGAUUAAGGGACAACUUGUUCAAGAGGAAGAAAGAGAGAAAGGUAGAGUUGGACUUUCAGUCUAUUGGAAAUAUAUCACAACAGCAUAUGGAGGUGCUUUGAUACCCUUCAUAUUGUUAGCUCAGAUACUUUUCCAGACUCUUCAAAUUUUAAGCAAUUAUUGGAUGGCUUGGGCAACUCCUGUCUCGCCUGAUGCCAAACCUACAGUUGAUGAUAAAACUUUAAUAAUGGUGUAUGUUGCUUUGUCCGUUGGAAGUGCCUUUUGUAUCUUAGCAAGGGCAAGUCUCCUUAUGACUGUUGCAUAUAAGACUGCUACUUCACUUUUUACUAAGAUGCACUCUUGUAUAUUCCGCGCCCCAAUGUCAUUUUUUGAUGCUACCCCAAGUGGGCGGAUUCUGAAUCGGGCAUCUACGGACCAGAGUGCUGUGGAUUUGAGCAUUCCAUCUCAAGUUGGUGCUUUCGCAUUCUCUUUGAUACAACUUUUGGGAAUUAUUGCAGUGAUGUCAAUGGUUGCAUGGCAGGUUUUCGUGAUUUUCAUCCCUGUUAUUGCAAUCUCUCUAUGGUAUCAGCAAUAUUACAUACCAUCAGCACGAGAACUUUGUAGAUUGGUUGGAGUAACUAAAGCUCCAGUGAUACAGCAUUUUGCCGAGACUAUAUCUGGAGCAACAACUAUUAGGAGCUUUGAUCAAGAAUCAAGGUUUUGUCAAACAAGUGUCCAGCUAGUAAACGGAUAUUCAAGACCAAAGUUUUACAAUGCUGCUGCAAUGGAAUGGCUUUGCAUUCGCUUGGACAUGUUAUCUUCAAUUACAUUUGCUGCCUCAUUGAUCUUUUUGAUCUCCUUUCCUGUAGGAUUGAUUGAUCCUGGAAUUGCUGGUUUAUCUGUUACAUAUGGGCUUAAUCUUAACAUGCUACAAGGCUCGUUGAUUUGGAAUUUAUGUAAUAUGGAGAAUAAAAUCAUCUCAGUUGAGAGAAUCUAUCAGUAUACUUGUAUCCCGAGUGAACCUCCACUUUUUAUAGAAGAAAAUAGACCAGUUCCGUCUUGGCCGUCUCUUGGAGAUGUCAAUGUUCAAGACCUUCAGAUUCGUUAUGCUCCACACAUGCCACUUGUGUUACGAGGUAUUACUUGCACUUUCCAAGGAAGGAAGAAGACUGGCAUUGUAGGAAGGACAGGAAGUGGUAAAUCAACCCUCAUACAAGCACUUUUCCGCAUUGUUGAACCUGCAGUUGGGAAGAUUAUGUUAGAUGGUAUCGACAUAUCUUCCAUUGGACUGCAUGAUUUAAGGACCAGAUUAAGUAUAAUCCCACAAGAUCCUACCAUGUUCGAAGGAACUGUCCGAAGCAACUUGGAUCCCCUUGAAGAAUACACUGAUGAACAAAUUUGGGAGGCCCUUGAUAAAUGCCAACUUGGAGAUGAAGUUAGAAACAAAGAAGGGAAGCUUGAUUCAAUAGUCACUGAGAAUGGAGAGAAUUGGAGUAUGGGGCAAAGACAGCUUGUUUGUUUAGGCCGUGUUCUUCUUAAGAGAAGCAAAGUAUUGAUUUUGGAUGAAGCAACUGCAUCAGUCGACACAGCAACAGAUAACUUGAUUCAGCAAACACUGAGAAAACAUUUCUCAGAUUCAACAGUGAUUAUCGUUGCACACAGGAUUACAUCUGUUAUUGAUAGUGAUAUGGUGGUGCUUUUAAGCUAUGGACUUGUUGAGGAAUGUGAUUCUCCUCUGAAAUUGCUUGAAAACAAGUCAUCUUCGUUUGCUAAACUCGUUACAGAGUAUACAACAAGAGCAAACUCGAAUGCAGAGGAAGCAACUUAAUACCACAGGGGGAUUCAUAGAAGGAAAAAAAACAUCUUUGCAUAUCUAGAUGAUGGCGAAAUUCAUUGCAAUAUAAAGUUUGAUACAGUAUACUCAAUAAAACUGUUCAAGUAGAGUUAUGUGGUGGUGGUGUUGGUAUUAAGGAUAAUUCUCACUUCAAUAUACAAACGAUAACUAUCCUUAAUAGUUGGUGGUAAGUAGUAGCAUGUAAGAGCGAAGAUUUUGAUGUUGAUAGCAAACCAAUUCUGAAAGAAUAUUAUUUUUGAGACGAUGUAAAACAAUUGAUCUCGGAUUCUCGAUGCCCCUCAUGCAUGAUUCAUGAAAAUUUCUGGUUCCCCACUGCAUCAGUCAUUCUGCUACACACUAACACACACUUCCAUUCAGGGCUUCAACAUUGGUAGCUUGCUACACACACUUCCAUUCAGGGCUUCAACAUUGGUAGCUUACUAGCUUUCUGGUAAUUGCAUUGACCCUAUCUCUCUUUUCUUUCCUGUUUAGUUGCUCUGUUUUUUUCUUGCACACAAUAUAAGUCAUUGUAGUCCUUGACCGCACGUUUGGUCAGUAAUAAAUGGUGGGAAUGAGAAUACUCUAAUGGCCUGUUUAGAUAGAGGGAUUCCAUUUCAAAGGUUGGAAUUGGACAAAGUCAGCUGUUUGGGAAUGCAAAGUAUUUGGAACUGAAUUUGGCCCAAUUCCAAGCAUUUUAGGAAUUAAAGCCUAAAAUUGGAAUUUGAAAUUACGUUAGAAUAACUAGUAUUUCAAAUCCAAAAUCACAGUCUCAUGACCUCUCAGUUCUUCUCUUACUCUCUCCUACGCGAAUCGAUCUUCUGUUUGAGGAGGUACAAUUUUCUAACCUUUUUUGGGUUUGUUUUUCCCAAAAUUUUGUAUUCUUAGGGUUUGAUUUCAGUCAAUUCUUGAUUAAUAAAAUGAUUACAUGAAUUAUUCUUA